UUGGCUUCCAGGUCAUGUUCUCUGUUCCUCUCAACUGUUCUCCCGACCAUAUAAGGGGAGGCAGCUGCUGGGGGCGUCCCCAGGAUCUAAAGAUAGCGGCCCCUGCCUGGAACUCUAAAUGCCACCCUGGAGCGGGAGCCGCAAUGGCACGGCAGCACGCCCGGACCCUGUGGUAUGACAGGCCCAAGUAUGUGUUCAUGGAGUUUUGUGUGGAGGACAGCACCGAUGUCCACGUGCUUAUUGAGGAUCACCGCAUUGUGUUCAGCUGCAAGAAUGUCGAUGGAGUGGAGUUGUACAACGAGAUUGAGUUCUAUGCCAAAGUGAACUCCACGGACUCCCAGGAUAAGCGCUCUUCCCGCUCUAUUACUUGCUUUGUGAGGAAAUGGAAGGAAAAGGUGGCCUGGCCCCGGCUUACCAAGGAGGAUAUCAAGCCAGUGUGGCUGUCUGUGGACUUUGAUAACUGGAGAGACUGGGAAGGGGAUGAAGAGGUGGAGCUGGCUCAGGUGGAACAUUAUGCAGAGCUUUUGAAGAAGGUCAGCACCAAGAGACCUCCACCUGCCAUGGAUGAUUUGGAUGAUGAUUCUGACAGUGUGGAUGCAACAAGUAAUUAACUUUCUACUACAGCAGAGCUGGGAAGGCGGCUGUGGCUAUUUUCCAGUUGUUCUGGAAAGCUAGCGCCUAGACCUUUGUCAGCGCUUUGGCUAUGCACCAAGUUCCUCUGACACCUCUGAACUUUCCUAGAAGCUCUUUAUUAAGGGUCGUCCUUCAAACUUGUCUUCCUUCUAGGCACUUGACUAUGGCCUCACAUCAGAUGCAGGAUCAGGGAGGGGUAGACUGGUAGGGCUUCGGAUUUCUUAAUGAUUGGUUUAUAAUCUCUGUGUUUAGGCCAUUUGAUUAUUUGAGUAUGUGUGUGUAUGUGGCAAAACAAAAGCCAAAGAAGAAGAAUGGAGAUUAUAGAAAUCUCUAUUAUAUGUGCAUAUGGGGCAAAGCAAAAAGCCAAAGAAGAAACAGAUUAUAAUAAAUCUCUAGGAACUGUU